CUGGCGCACAAACGCAUGAGGACGGUGACCAACUACUUUCUGCUCAACUUGGCUUUCUCCGACGUCUCCAUGGCCGCGUUCAACACGCUCGUCAACUUCAUCUACGCGUCGCACGGAGAGUGGUACUUCGGAGAGGUCUACUGCCGCUUCCACAACUUCUUCCCCGUCACCGCGGUGUUCUCCAGCAUCUACUCCAUGACCGCGAUAGCCAUCGACAGGUACAUGGCCAUAAUCCACCCUCUGAAACAGCGUCUGUCGGCGAAGGCCACCAUGGGAGUCAUCGUCUGUAUCUGGAGUCUGGCCGUGGUCCUCGCUUUCCCCCUCUGCUACUUCUCCACCACCCGAGCUCUGCCUCACAGGACGCUCUGCUACGUGGCCUGGCCCCGCAUGGUCGGCGACCCCUUCAUGUAUCACAUCAUCGUGACAGGUCUGGUCUACGUGCUGCCCUUAGUGGUGAUGAGCAUCACUUACACCAUCGUGGGGGUGACUCUGUGGGGAGGGGAGAUCCCCGGGGACUCGGCCGAUAACUAUCACGGUCAGCUCCGAGCCAAGCGGAAGGUGGUGAAGAUGAUGAUCAUUGUGGUGGUGACCUUUGCCCUCUGCUGGCUGCCCUAUCACGUCUACUUCAUCGUGACGGGUCUCAACAAGCGUCUGAGCAAGUGGAAGAACAUCCAGCAGGUCUACCUGUCGGUGCUGUGGCUGGCGAUGAGCUCCACCAUGUACAACCCCAUCAUCUACUGCUGCCUCAACAGCAGGUUUCGGGCCGGUUUCAAGCAUGUGUUCCGCUGGUGUCCCUUUGUCCACGUCUCGAGCUACGAUGAGCUGGAGCUCCGGAACACGAGACGGCGACCUGGUUACCAGAGCAGCAUGUGCACCCUCUCACGGGGCGACACUUUAACAGUUAUCUUUUCCCCUCCGAAUACAGCAACCACCACCCGGCAUCAGAUAAGACAAACUGUAACUGAAGUGUCAACGCUAAAAUGAAAAGCAGAUGUUGAAAAUGCAGGCAAGCACAGACCUUAAGUCAGGAGAAUUAAUUUCUGGUAGCAGCGAAAAUAAAAUCAAGUCCACGCACUGAAAACUGCAGGGGUGUGAUGAUCCUACGCAGAUCAAAUUACUGGGAAGUGGAAAACAAAUACUUAUCUCACUAGGCAGCUCCUUCUCUUUUCCUGAGGAAGGAAAACUCAACGCCCCCCUGACAUCUACUUACUUGCUCUACUGCAGCUUUUCAACCAAGACCAUUUUUUUUGUUUCUUCAUUCCAGAUUGUGAUGUUUAAACAAACUUGGUUGUUUUCUCGGGAUGUUUCUGAAAAAACGGGUUCAUCCUUUUUGUAAGACCUUAUUAUAAGACCCCUAUAAACACAGCAGCCAGACUCUCCAAAUCUAGAAUAUAUUACUAUGAUUUUAGCUUCCAGUAAAGUUGAGAUUUGUUUGAAAGAUUACAUUUUCCGACUUUUAAGGUCCAUUCUGGACUUGCACCUUCGUACAUUUUGGAUCUUUUGACGCCAUAUCUAACCUCAGGUGCUACUCGCCAUUUAACCGUGGCAGGGGGGGACUAGAGGUUACCGGGCCUCCUUUGGAACAAUGUCC